AUGCGUCACAGCGCCGCAGGCCUUCCUCGCGUGGCGCCCUUAUAUUGCCCCGAGAGGCGCGAGGCGGCUGGGCUCACUCGGAGCGCGAUGGGCGACUGGAAGGUCUACAUCAGUGCGGUGCUGCGGGACCAGCGCAUUGACGACGUGGCCAUCGUGGGCCAUGCGGACAACAGCUGCGUGUGGGCUUCGCGGCCCGGGGGCCUGCUGGCGGCCAUCUCGCCGCAGGAGGUGGGCGUGCUUACGGGGCCGGACAGGCGCACCUUCCUGCAGGCGGGCCUGACCGUGGGGGGCCGCCGCUGCUGCGUCAUCCGCGACCACCUGCUGGCCGAGGGCGACGGCGUGCUGGACGCACGCACCAAGGGGCUGGACGCGCGCGCCGUGUGCGUGGGCCGUGCGCCGCGCGCGCUCCUGGUGCUCAUGGGCCGACGCGGCGUCCAUGGGGGCAUCCUCAACAGGAAGGUGCACGAACUGAUACGCGGGCUGCGCAUGCAGGGCGCCUAGCCGGGCAGCCAGGCCGCCCACUGGUAGCGCGGGCCAAAUAAACUGUGACCUGGG